CUCGACCAAAUCAGUAAAAUCACAUACAUCUAACAAUGGCUGUAGUGUUUUGGGCACUGGCUUUAGCAAGCCUGUGCUACCCUCUAGCUACGAUUAAUGCUCAGUCACAUGCAGCUGCACCAUCAAAGUGGCCAACCAUAACCCAAUCUGCACCCUCCACAUUGCCAACCACAACUCCGGCUGCACCUUCGAAAUGGCCGAUUGCAACUUCACCGUCUGUGGCCAAACAACAACCUGUUGUGGCAGCAGCAACUCCUGCUAGUAGUACAAAGAAACCACCUGCAGCUACUUCUCCUACUUGGAACAAACCCCCGACCACGAUCACGGCAGCAGGGCCUUCCAAAUUACCAACCAUAAUAAUACCUGCUGCACCUUACAAGGCACCAGUUCCAAAAGUCACAACUCCAACCUCGCCUUGGAACUCACCGAUUCCCAAAGUCACAACUCCAACCUCACCUUGGAACUCACCGAUCCCCAAAGUCACAACUCCUACCUCGCCUUGGAAGUCACCGAUCCCCAAAGUCACAACUCCAACUUCGCCUUGGAAGUCACCGAUCCCCAAAGUCACAACUCCAACAUCGCCUUGGAAGUCACCGAUCCCCAAAGUCACAACUCCAACCUCGCCUUGGAACUCACCGAUCCCCAAAGUCACGACAACUCCAACAUCUGCUCCUGUGAAGUCACCAGUUCCCAAAGUAACAACAACUCCAACAUCUGCUCCUGUGAAGUCACCAGUUCCCAAAGUUACAUCCCCAACAUCUUCCCCUGUUAAGUUACCAGUCCCAAAAGUUUCAACUCCGACAUCCGCUCCCGUGAAACCAAUAGUUCCAAAAGCUACAACUCCAACAUCCGCUCCCUUGAAACCACCAGUUCCAAAAGCUACAUCACCGACAUCCACUCCCGUAAAAGCACCGAUUCCAAAAACUACGACUCCGGCUUCAGCUCCUGUGAAACCAUUAGUUCCAAAAGCUACGACUCCAACAUCUGCUCCUGUGAAACCAUUAGUUCCAAAAGUUACGACUCCGGCUUCUGCUCCUUUGAAGCCACCAGUCCCAAAAGCUAUCCCACCAACAUCUGCUCCUUUGAAACCACCAGUUCCAAAAGCAAUCACACCAACAUCUGCUCCUUUGAAACCACCAGUUCCAAAAGCUAUCACUCCAACAUCCGCACCUGUGAAACCACUAGUUCCAAAAGUAAAACCUCCAACAUCUGCACCUGUGAAAUCACCAGUUCCACACCCUCCAAAACUCGCUCCUGCAAAACUGCCGGUCCCCAAGGUUACACCAGCAUUAAGUCCCAAAGUCCCAUCUCCUAAAAGUCAUCCACCACCGCACCCACCCAAAAAAGCACCUGUUUCUCUACCACCUGUUUCGCUUUCACCACUGCCAUUGCCACCAGCUUCUUUACCACCAAAGGUAUCCCCAGCACCUGCAAAGGCCCCAAAAGCACCAGCACCAGCCAAAGAAACACCAGCACCAGCACCUGCACAUAAAAAGAAAGCACCAGCACCGGCACCACAUCACAAAAAGAAAGCACCAAUAUCAUCACCUGUUCCUUCCCCAGCAGUUAUCCCACCAUCACCUGCACCAACGCCUGCCAUAGACACGCCAUCAUCAGCACCAGCACCAUCACCUGAAGAUGAUGCGCCAGAACCGCCACCCCACAAGCACAGGAGAAGAAGACACAAGCAUAAGCAUAAGAAACAUCACGCACAUUCUCUAGCUCCAGAACCCACAACUUCAACAAUCAUUAGGAGGAGUCCUCCAGCACCACUAGCUGAUGAUACUACUCCAGUCGAUUCAGACGAGACACCAUCACCAGCACCCAGUCCCAAUGCGAAUGAUGCAGCAUCAUACCAAGGGCAAUGGAGAAAGAUGUUGUCAACUGGUGUACUUGUUACUGCCAUUUUGUUAUGUACCACUUGAGUACCUGCAUCAAAUGCUAAACAUAUCAGGCUCAUAUGACAAAACAUGGAUUCGCGCAAAGCGGUUAUUUGGUUUGCAAAAAUAUAAAACUAUUGCAUAUGUAUGGAAUUGAAUGAUAUUAAUUUUUUUAAUCCUUUUGUUCUUUUAUUGCUUUGUGAUCUUUGCUCAAACAACAUUAAUGAUAUGAGAGAUUUUGAAUUGUCAAGCAAAAUAUGAAUGUCUAAUUUACAAUUUGUG